ACCGAGGAAAAUGAGAAUCAACUUCUUCUACCCGAAGAUAAUGGGCAAGGAAUUUGAGAUACUAUACAAGAAUCUGAUGCUAUAGACUCAACAGCUUAAGAAAAACAUUGUUUCACUUCAUAUCAAUGCUAGCUUGCUUUAAAAUUCAUCAACCAAACAGCAGCUGCCACAACCAGAGACUAAAGAAAACAAUUUAAUCUGUUCCAACACACCAGACCUAUUUACUGUUACAAAGCAAAUCAACCACACCUGAACAACUACACAUUAACUAAUUGUGCCUAACACAUCUCCAUCUCGUACACCUUGUCACUUUUGUGUCUCCUUUCAUGACCCUACUUUGCCUAAACUACUGUAUCAGAAAAACAAAGGAAACUUCACUGAUAAAGGAAAAUUAAUUAAAAACUAAAAAGUAUGACAAGGUAAAUAAGUGGAUGGUGCAAUUUAACUUUAUUGUUGUUUCUUAGUAGGUAGAAAACAACAAAAGUCUCCACACAAGUCUUUCAAUUAUUAUUGAGAGUUGAGAUGCAAUUUCCUUAUACUUUUCUAACUAUUUCUUGAUUCCAUACUAUGUCCCUUCCUAACUAUUUCUUGAGGCUCAAUUAAACUUUCAUACGGAUAUAUAUUAUAUAACAACUAUGUUUUCCUUAAUCCUUAUUAAGACAGAACCAUAUCAAUCAUCAUCACAAACACCAAAAACAGCAUUUUAGACUAUAUACAUGGCAGAUAGCGUGGUUUCAUUUCUUUUGGAACACUUAUCCCAAUUGCUGCAACGCAAAGCUAAUUUGCUUUGUGGCGUGGAAGACAAAAUCAUAUCCCUCCGCAAUGAACUCGAAAUCAUAAAUGUCUACCUCAAAACUUCCCCUCAAGGGAAGAACAACAACAACAAACAGAUUGAACAGAAGGUUCUGAGUCAGAUCAGAGAUAUCUCCUACGUAGCCGAGGAUGUAAUUGACACAUUCAUUGCCAAUGUUUCCAUCUACAAGGACAGAAACGUACUAGGAAGAAUGAUUCACAGCGUUGAUCACGCAAAGUUACGCCACGACGUAGCAGAGAAGAUUGACAAGAUCAAAACAACACUCAAUGAGAUACAUGAAAACAAGAUCAAAUACAAUCAAGAAAGUACUGAUCAAUCAGCAUCAGCAACAGAAGAUGAGGAGAGGACCCGAUCACUUCACAAAUUAAGAAGAAAUGUGGAGGAGGAAGAUGUUGUAGGCUUUGUCCAUGAAUCUGAAGAAGUCAUCAAUAGACUCAUAGAGGGUGGUUCGCCUCGUCUCAACGUUGUUUCAAUCAUUGGUAUGGGUGGGCUGGGCAAAACAACUCUUGCCCGAAAGGUCUAUAACAGUGAAAAAGUGAAGAAACACUUCAAUAGCCGCACAUGGAUUUACGUUUCAAAUGAGUGUAGAGUCCGAGAACUUUUGAUGGGCAUUCAUCAAAAUUUAAUGUCAAACCAUGCUUGUGAAUGUAGAAGGAGCAGCAACAAAAGGAAGUGUAAGAAACACAAUGAAGCUGUGAAUAAUUCUGAUGAUAUCUCUAACUUAAGUGAUGAUGAGCUGAAGAAAAAAGUGUGGGAAUGCUUGAAGUGGGAAAAAUAUUUGCUAGUUCUUGAUGACUUGUGGAAAAUACAAGAUUGGGAUGAGGUCAAGGAUGCUUUUCCCGACGAAAACAGAGGAAGCAGAAUACUGAUAACUAGUCGUUUGAAAGAAGUUGCUUCGCAUACCAGUCGAGAUCCUCCUUAUUGCCUUCAAUUUCUGAAUGAAGAACAGAGUUGGGAGCUCUUCUCCAAAAAAGUUUUUAGAGGAGAAGAGUACCAUUGUGAUGUUGGAUCUCUAGGUAAGCAAAUCGUUAAAAGUUGUGGCGGGUUGCCACUCUCAAUUGUGGUGCUAGCAGGGCUUCUAGCAAACAAGGAAAAGUCACACAGAGAAUGGUCCAAAGUGUUAGGACAUGUCAAUUGGUAUCUUACCCGAGACGAGACCCAAGUUAAGGACGUAGUACUUAAACUCAGUUUCGACAACUUGCAUUCAAAAUUAAAACCAUGUUUUUUAUAUCUAGGGAUAUUCCCUGAAGAUUCUGAAAUAUAUGUAAGGCAAUUGUUGCACCUAUGGGUCGCUGAAGGAUUUAUACAAGAAACAGGAAGUAGGGAUCCAAAUGACGUUGCUGAAGACUACUUGUACGAGCUCAUUGAUCGUAGUUUGAUCCAAGUAGCACGAGUGAAGGAUAGUGGAGGCGUGAAAACAUGUCGCAUCCAUGAUCUUCUCAGAGAUCUUUGUAUAUUAGAGAGCAAAGAGGACAAUCUCUUCCAAGUUUGCACAGAUAACAACAUUUUGAUCCCCACAAAACCUCGCAGAUUGUCUGUCCAUUCUAGCAUGUCUCACUAUGUUUCUUCAAGCCCCAAUGACCAUUCAUGUGUUCGUUCUUUGUUUUGCUCUGACCCGAACUGCUUCGUUUACAGCAAUGACUGGAAAUGGCUUUGCAAAGGCUUCAAAUUGGUUCGUGUGUUGGAUCUUUGGGGAAAGUAUUGUUGUGAGAUUCCUUCAAACUUGGGAAACUUUGUCCACUUGAGGUACUUGAGAAUAGGCUCACAAUGUAUUAGAAGUGUUCCUGAUUCUAUCUGCAACCUUCAAAAUCUACAAACAUUAGAUUUUCGAUCUACGACCAGGACAACCACAAUUUCUUUCCCCUAUGGAAUAACAAAGCUCAAGCAUCUAAGACAAUUGUAUACUUUUCAGCCAAUCAUGCUACGUGGUCGUCGUUCAGACAGUGAAGUUAUGUGGAAUCUUCAAACCAUAUCUUCCAUUGUACUUAAUAAAGAUACUACAUAUCUCAUAGAGAAAGGAAGUUUCCCCAAACUAAGAAAAUUAAGAUUGCAUAUCUAUUCAAACUUCAAUCGCGAUGUGCCCAAAAUGUUGCUAAGUCUACAACAUUUGAGGCAUUUGAAUAAGCUGGAAAUCUACUUCGACACGUCAGAUUGGUGCUCACGAAGGAAGAUUAGUUAUGAGUUCGAGGAAGUGUUACAAAGAUUGAAGCAAUAUAAGCCCGAGAAAGUGUUACAAAGUUUGAAGCACUUGAGAUAUUUGAGAAUACUAAAAAUUACCAAUGCCCUCGACCUUGUAACCUCUGUACCCAUGUUUCCUCUCAACAUUACCAAGUUAACAUUGUCAUGUAUUACUUGCUUGAAUGAUGACGUGAUGAAAGCUAUUGGAAGUCUCACCCAACUCCAAAUUUUGAUCUUAACUGGAAAGAAAUUUUGGCCUUCAGAUUCAUUUUCUGAUCUUAAUUGUGUUGAAGACGGGUUCCCAGAGUUGCAGGAGUUUCGGAUGGAAGUUCUGCCCAUCCAAAACUUGAAAUUAGUCAAUGGUUCGAUGCCACGCCUUCAAAUCCUCGUUAUUCACAACUGUUAUAAGUUGGAUAGCCUCCCAAGUGAACUGUGGUCUUUGACUACCUUGAGAAAAGUUUGUGUUCGGAAACCCUCCAAUGCAAUGGCUGCAAUGGUACAAAAGUUGGAAGUUAAUAAUGGAUGUGAGGUCAUUGUAGAAUAAUUUCAACUAAUGCUUUGUUGAUUAGAAUGUAUAAGUUGUAAGCAAAAACUUACUCAACUUUAUAUAUAUAUAUAUAUAUAUAUAUAUAUAUAUAUAUAU